UUUGACAAUUCAGUCGCUUGUUUAAAAUUUCUGAGAUUUUUGGUGAAAAACUGAAAAUUGCAUUAUAAUUCGCAGUUGAAAAAGAGACACUUAUCACAUAAAUAAUAAACAAUAAAUAUGGAUUCUCCUGAUAUUUUGCCAUCUUGUAGUAACUCAAAUGUUACAGAUUCGAAUGACUCAGGAAACUUGCGCCCACUUAAGAGUCAAGAAGACUUCUCAGAGUUACGGGACCAAGCUAUUGAGAAUUUUCAAAAACCUAAUUUACCAAAUGUCAAUGUGCCAGAGAAAAUAAUUAUUUGUUUAGAUCUUUGCUAUGAUAAUGAAAAUGCGCAUUAUCGUUUAGCCGACGGUUCGACAUAUAGACCAGUUAAAAUGUUAAAGAGAGUUUUAGAAUUCUUUGUAUAUACAAAACAUGCAAUAAACAAACGAACAAAAUUUGCUCUGGUCAUGUUAAAAGAUGAGCCAUGUUGGAUACAAGGUUUUACAAAUAACCCUAAGGAUAUCUUAAGUAUGGCUGAAUAUUUAAGUCCAGAAGAGAGUACAUCUGAGACAAUUGAUUUUCAAAAAUUAUUUCAAAUUUUAAAACAAGAAAUAGAAGUACCAGAAUACAGUCAGGGUGAUUGUAUUCUACCACCUCCAUAUGUGGUGCGAAUGAUUGUUUUGUACGGAAGAUCUAACUGUGUUCCACAAAUACCACAGGAUGAUCCUUAUUUUAUUUACCUCAAGAAACAGUUUUACUUCUAUAUAGACAUUUUACUAGCGCAUGAAGAAGAUUGCGCUGCAUACAAAUGUGAGGAGGUAUAUGAUGCACUACAAGACUUAGAUAAUGGAUAUUCUUAUGUAUAUGAAGUUUCUAGAAAUGCAACAAAAAUUCAUGAUUGUAUUGCCAAGCUGCUGGCUCAUCCUCUGCAGAGGCCUUUACAGAAAAACACUGAUUAUUCUUUUGGAUGUAGAUAUUAAGUUAAAAUGUUUUAUAUUUAAUGAAUUAAAUUAAGAGAUAACUUCAUUCUGAUUAUUAUUAACAACCAUGGUAUUGAAUAGUAUAGUUCUAGACAUUGAAUAUGUUCCAUGGCAUAUAAGUGAAUACUGUAAUAUAAUGAAACCUAACAAUAGACAGGCUUGUGCAGAUGUAUACCACAUUUCCUCUGAUGACAUCACACCCACGGGGUGAUGGGUAUGUACCCAAAACCCAAAUCUCGCCUUCUUUCCACUCUCUUCGACAAGAAAAGGAGACACAUAAAGUACCACAUAUCAGGGAAAGCUAGAUUACUUAGCACCAUAUCACAUGAAGAUAUUACAAAUUAAUAGCUUUCACUUCUGUUUAAACUCUGGGCUAAAUAUUUGUGAACUAAAUAUUGAAAGAACAAACAACCAAAUAAUAAAUCAAAGCACAGAGCACAAACGUUUUAUUUAAAACAAAACUAUUCAAACUAUACACAGUUCAGUAAAUCAUAAAAAAAUAAAUUUAAUAUGUAAAUAAAAUGUAAAAAAAAAAACUUAUGUACAAGCGACAAUUUUCCAUCCAAAAAGAUUCUAAAAACAUCGCAAUUGAAAUUAUUUUACAGCCAGCGAUCUUUAUAAUAAUAUAAAAAUGUUUAUUUGAAAUAUGCAAUUAUGUUUGAUUUAUUACGGAAUAGUUACAAAUGACUGCAUUUAAGUAAUUUAACAAAUAACAUUUUACAAAACUUUGUGGUAUUGAAAUGAUAAAAAGCCUUUAUGACAAACAAGAUAUCUUUUUAGGGUGGCUAUACAUCAUGUAGAGCCACAUUUAUGAUUAUAUCUGAUUAUAGCAUGAUCUCUCCAUUAAUAUUACCUUAUCAAUAAAUUUACAAAACUAAUGUAUUACGAGCUCAUUGCAUAAAUUGUGUUGAUUUGUUUAAAUUUUGAACAUUUUAAUGAUUGAAUAUAUUAUACAAUCCAUGUCCUAUGUAUAAUUUUAUAGUAUACACUCAGUGUUAAAUAGAUGAAAUAGUAUAAACCAAAUAAAAUUGAAACACGAUAAAUAUUAUUCCCUAUUAAUUCUGCUAAUUAAAAGGUCGUUUGUCGUAAUGACGGACAGCAACAAAAGAACAGCAAGCACCAAUGGCCUUCACGGUUAAACCGAAAACAUCACGGAAAGACAGACCCUUCCCUCGCCCCAAAAAUAAACUAUAGGGAACGUUACCUAAGGCAACAAAUACUUCAGUCAAAGAAACACCGCUAAGUAAUGACCCCCUCUGGCUGGAAUCAUUCGUAAUGGGGAGACAGCGUUCGUGUCAGAGGACCGAACGAAGCAUUUCAAUGCUGACGCUGCUGGAUAUGUGCAACUCAUCGAGACAGAGUAUAAAGUGAUUUCGGACGUUGAUAAGCAAUAUGCUAAAUCCGUCCCGGCUUCCGCUCAUGCCUCAGCUUGAUCAGCAAGCUUCGGGAACUGCUGCAGCUUUGAUUAAAUUAAGAUCUAACUAUAAGAACCCAUGUAACUACGAUAUAACAGCCUUUACGUAUCCGGAUACACCAUCAGAUAUUAUUUUAGGAAAACCAUUUAAAGAAUUGAAUAAAAAUGAAUGCAUAAUUCUCCGCCGCUCUCUUUAUGUCUGUUCACAAAAAGUAAUCAUUAUUUUCAACCUAAAUCUGCUGAGAGACGUAACUUACGUCCUUUUCACCGACAUGACCUUAAAUUACCUAACAUAAAAAGUCAAAUAUAUUACAAAAGUGCAUAUGUCACUGCUAUAAGAGUUUUUAACCAUUUGCCAAUUAAGAUAAAAUCAAUGAACGGUAAAGUUUUUAAAAUAAAUCUGAAGAACUGGUUGUUAGAUCAAGCCUUCUACUCGAUGCAAGAUUUCUUUAGCUAUAAUGAAACUAAAUAGUGACAUUAGAUACGGUCUUGACCGACCCGCAAGCUAAUUCUUUUUAACAUUGCUAUUCACUUAUCUAAAAAGGCGAUUGUGUUUUACACUUAUUAACUAUGUUAUUAUUAUUGUUGAUAGAUGUUCCCAAGUUCUUAAUCUUGUUUGUUCUGCUUUUGUUUCUUUACCAUUAUCCAUUGUAUUACACCAAAAUAUAGUUCAUCAUUGCACACCCGAAGGGGUAUCUAACUGUAUUGUAACUGUUUAUAAAUGUUUGUAACCUUAUAACAAUGUAAUACAGUUUGCAAUAAAUGAAUUAUUAUUAUUAUUUAUGUAACAAGUUACAAUAUGUAAAUUGUUACAUUUUUGUAACAGACAACUUUGGAAACACGUGAAUCAAAGCUUUACAUCAGUUCUUACAGAAAAAUUAGCGUGUUUUUUUUUAUAUUUUUUAUUUUAAUCUCAAUUCCUUUUUAGGCCUUCAUAUAGCAUCUGUAGCCUAAAGAAUAUAAAAAUCCUGGCCAGAGGUCGCUUCGAUCAACUUCUUUACCGCUUUUUCUGCAAUAUGCCAAGGAUUUUUAUAUUUCUGGUCAGGCUAUAACAGCUUAAAUUGUGAACAAACAUAGAUGAGUGGUUAAAAUACAUAACAAUUUGCAAAUUCCAACUUCAUACAAGAAUUUUAUUGAUAUCUUUGUAAUUAUACUUACAUUUAUCUAACACUAAAUGUAAGAAUAAAAUUGUUUAAUUCUUCAUUAAUCAUUAUCUAAACACGGCACAAUCUAUUGGCAAUAAUUUCUUACUAUGAUUCAAACCAAUAGAGUGCUGUUAACUGAGUUAUUUAAAUUUAUCCAAUCUUUAUUUGUAAAACUAGACAAGUUACUAAAUACAUGAUCCGAUAUAACAAGAGAUAAUCAGUGACUCUACUUAUAAAAUGGUAAAGAUCGUGCUACGAGUACAGAUAGUAAAAACAGGCAUACAUUUUUUUACAUUAGUUUUUACAAAAUAAUGACAAAAAAAAUCACAAAUAAUACGAGGAGUCUAAUAUCACUUUACUGGCACUAUCGGCUAAACUAAACUAUAGUUUAUACAUAUUAUUACUACAGAUUUCGACAGUUGCAACACUUGUAUACAUAUGGUUGUCUUUAUUUAUCUCAAAGAGGAGAACAAGGAUGGAAAUAUCGAUAAUACGAAAGUGUAAACUCACCGUAAUAUAAAGCAAUCUAUUUCAACAUUUUUAAAGGGAAUUACAUUUUAUUUUAUUCACACGUGGAAAGACAAUUCAAUAUACAGUCGCAUCUCAAAGUCAUGAGAUUUUAGACGUUUUACAUUUUGACACUGGUUGAUUUACAAAAAAACAAAUAAAUAACUUUACUUAUCAGUCUCAAUACUAUAAAAUCUAUUUACAACAUUGUGAUACCAGCCGUUGUCAUAUAUACUUGGGAAGCCUUUAGAUGUUUUCAUACGCAUCUUUUCAUUUCCUAUGCCUUAACUUGGAAUGGUAUAAAUAGUUUUAAUUAUAAUAAACAAAAAAACAAGCCGAUACUAGAAAUAAAGAAAGAUUAAAGCAUAUAACCAUUCUCUGGACUAGCGCCAAACUUUAACAUAUCCAUUACAAAACAUAUAUGUUUACACAAAUAAGCGAUUAUUUUCACAUUUAAUUCAUUCAAAAACUCUUUUUUUCUAAGAUUGCAGCAUAGAUGUCAUUAGCACAUUCAGUGCCACUAACAUCCCGUAGGACGAGUCGGUAGCAGUGAAUGUGUUGUUCAUCAAAAUACAUUGAUUUGCUAAGAGAUUAAGCGUCAAGUGCUAAAGAAAUGCAAGUAAAAAGCUCAUAUUUAUGUACUUUAUAUUUACAUUUGAACUUCUUAUUGACUUCUGCACUACAAAUUCUAAUAAAUAAACAUCUCGCCGACCUGAAAUAUUAUAAAUAAUAUGUGCCAGGAAGACAGGACUAGAUCAUUUAAACAUUUUCGUUAACUCGUGACGUAUAUACCUUGCAACCACACCCGCCGCUAUAGGGUUGCCACAAUAUCUCAUAAAACAAAAAGUAUCGAUUUUUUUUCAAUUAAUUUUUAAUAUUUGAUACGAUUACAUCGAUAUCGAAAUGUUGCGUAUUUUUUUUUCAACUUACAUCUAAUUUAUUGAUAGUCUUAUCAAUUCAUCUAAAACGACGACGUUAGUUGAAACGCGUAGAGUAUGCAUUAUUUUAGUCUAUAAAUACGAAUAUGAAAUCGAUUCUUUCUUUUCCAAUGCAAUGCUUAAAAUUGUAAACCAGGCCUUGAAUUCUUAAAAUAAUAAAUAAAAUUGUUUUAAGAAAAUAGAGGAAAUUUUUACAACUAAAAUAUUAGUGUAGUGUUUCCGAUGUCGAUAAUGUUAAAUAGUCGAUAUAUCGAUUAAAUUGUAGUAGAAUCCAUAUAUAUAAAAGUAUAUAGAUUUUUUACAUUUUUAUGAAUUCGAAUAUUGCUCAGAACUAUGUGUUUAUUUAAUUUCGUGAAUUGGCAAUGGAAUGUCGUUUGAGUAUCUUAUUCAGUCUUUUCGGCGGAGUCAGAGCGAGAGAAACUAAUGUCCACGGCGGCCAUUUUUAAUCCGCAAUAUGACAGUCCGCCAUUUUUGCAUUUGUAGUUUAAAAGCUACCUUAUAAAUACUUUAGACCUUUUUAAAAUUUAAAACUAUUUCUCAUUAUCAAUUACAGCUAGAAAUAAUAAUGAAAAAUUGUCGAUAUCCCUUACCGCCUAAUAUUGAAUUAUUUUCUGUAAUAGACAUAGAAAUAAAUUACUUAGUUCUUACUGCGUACAUAUUUAAUUUAACCACUUACGUAAUUUCUAAAUGAUUUAGUUAAGAGUGUAAACAUUUCAUUGCGUAGGUAUACGCGAACGCGCUUGCGGUGGGCAAAUCGUUAAAAUACCAAUAAAUUUCGUAGUAGUUUAUAUCUUCAAAAUCGAGAUCAGCAAGGGAUCUAGUUUAUUAUACUAUGUUACAUUUUAAAAUACUAAUUUAACAAGACUUAUGACAAGUGUUAAAAUUCCAAAUAGCAUAUUUUUUGGGGCAAUACAACGAAAUUAAUUUUAAUUCAUACAAUUACAUCUUAUUUUUCAUUAAAGACUGAAUUUAUAAUUACUCGGUUUGGUUUAUAUUGUAAACGGGUCUCAGUUAAAUCUAUAAAAUGCAGUAAAAUAGAACACAGCGUUUGUGCAAUGUUGUGAACAUUUAGCGGCGGGAAAA